AUGUUGUCUCAAGCCAGGAUCAUCGUCCGUAAGCUCUGUGGUAGUCGCAGUCGUGGCAGCGAGCCCGCGCCAUCAGCACUGGCGACAACAGCAGAGACCAGAAUUACUGACCCAUCCCCUCGCGCCAUCCAUAUGAGUGAUGUGAGGCGGUCACCCACUAAGCUACCCCGCAAGCCUGGUGCCGAUGCACAGUCCGUGUCAAUUAUUGUCAUGAAUGCUAAAGGCGCCACGGACUACUUGAAGUUUUACAGGCUACUCCAAAGAGAGAAGAAGGAUUGCAGCGAGUUUGACCCUACAGACGACUUUGAGACAGAUUACUAUUGCGAUGGUUACAUCUACACUAUCCGCUUUUUCACGCCUAGCACCCCACAGUCUAGUGUAGCUCUCUCCUGCAUUAUGCAGCAUGUCUGCCUCAUCUUCACAUAUGACGCUUCAUCAAGGGAAUCGUGGGAUGAAGUAGUCACCGCCUGCGAGAGGAUGCGCAACCGCUGCAAAGAGGGGGUCCUUCCCUUUCUUGCCACAAUGAUCGCCGCCAUGGAUAAAGGUGAAGGUGAAGCCGCCAUAUCACACGCAGAAGCUGAGGUAUUUGCAACCCAGCGGAACUGUUACUUUUUCAAGUUCUCAUCUAGAACUGGGCGUGGUACUUGCGAUGCAGUUAGCUUACUUGUUGAGCUAGCGCACAGCGCUCGUGAUCAAUAUACUAUGGAUGAGGCAGGUUAUACCCAGAGGUACAACAGGGCUAUGGCACUUCAGGCAUUAUUUUCUAGCUAG